AUGUUCAGAAUAUCAUCAUCAAUUUCAACAAUAUUUUAUAUAGCUAUCGUUUCACUAUUCCUUGUAAAUUGUGUAUAUGCAUAUGGUGAUGAUCCCUAUCCUCCAUCUAGCCCUUGUUGUGAUGCAGUAUGGGAUUCAGCAACCAAUACAAGUCGUUGUGAUGGUUCAAUAAAAAAGGCAAGAUGUGUAGGAUAUAAUUUUUAUGGAAACGAAACAGGAAUUUAUGAAUGUGUCGUUUCAUGUAUGACCGACUAUACACUCGAUGGCUUUAUAGUUUUAUUCUUUGUCAUUGUUCCAAUUUCUUGUAUAUUAUUUUGUUGUAUUUUGGGUGGCGUAACUGCCUAUAUCAUUCACAAGAAAAAGAAAAACAAUCGUCAUAAACAAAUACAACUAGACCAAAAUCAACAUCAAAAUAAUGAUAAAACAUCUCUUUUACAAAAUCAACCAUCAGUUUAUUCCAAUUAUUCUCAACAACCACCUACAAAUAAUAAUAAUAAUAACUAUAAUAAUAAUGGAUCAUCAUCAUUAUAUUCAUCCAAUAAUGUGAAUCGAUUCCAACCAUUUCAUACUUGGUUUAAUAAUCAUCAUUACCUAUUUAUUCAUUAUCUUUUUUCCUGGAUCGUUGCUCUUCCCCACCCAUACUCGACAAAGAUAUUAUAUACUCUAACUUUUAUUAUUGUUAGAGCUCAAGAUCAAAUCAAUUUUGUUUGUACUAUAAGAGAUUUAACACCAGAAAGAAAUCCAGAUUUUGAAAUUGAUAGCCCCAAUAAAGUAAUUACAGGAAUCGUUAGAAAGAAUCUUGGUCAAGAUAGAAAGCCAGUUUACUGUUGUGAAGAUCAACCAUACCCCAGCAAAUCACAAUUUGUAGUGCACAAUCAAACAACCUUUUAUUCAUGGUUCAACGAUGUGGAAAAUGUCAACAUUCCCAUUAAUGUUGUGUUUACUCUAACCAACAACAGAACCGACAAUCCAAAUGUAUAUUCCUACAAGAACGAUCAAUUUUUCCCAAUCGAUGGCAAGGGUUGGGAAGCCCCUGAAAUGCAUGCUAGAUUUACUUAUCUUGGAGGAGAAGUAUUUAAAUUCCAAGGAGAUGAUGAUGUAUUUGUUUUCAUCAAUAAUCUAUUGGUUGUUGAUUUGGGAGCACCACAUGAAAUCAAGGAUGGACAAGCCUAUAGAGAAUUGACAUUGGAUACCUUGGGUCUUCAAAAGGGCAAGGACUAUCCAUUUGACUUUUUCUACUGUGAGCGUCACUCGGUCGAGUCGCACAUUGAACUGUCCACCUCGAUCCAGUUAAAGUGUGGUUACAUUGACUAUUGUGGUGUCUGCGAAGGUGAUGGAUCGUCGUGUUGUCAUCCAGAAGUACACUGUGAUGAUAAGGACAAGUGUACAGUUGACAAGUGUCCUCCACCCAGAUCGCAAAUCAGCAAGGACCAGAUUUCCAAGUACUGUACACACGAAUACAAGAUUUGCGACAACACUGAUGUCUGCUCCGAGUCCAAGUGCGACCCCACCACCGGUGAAUGCAAGAAAGGAGAUAAUUUGUCUUGUUUUCCACAAGAUUGCAAGAUUGUGUCGUGUGCUCCAAAUGCCGGUUGUCAAUACCAAGACAUGGCUUGUGAUGAGAACAGGUCGUGUCAAAAAGGUAGAUGUGACAACAGCACCUGUAUCUAUGUACCCAUUAAAUGCGAUGACUCGAAUGAGUGUACCGUCAACUCGUGCAAGGAAGGUGUCGGAUGUGUCUACUCGCCAAAGAUUUGUGACGAUCUCGACUCGUGUACCGUUGACACGUGCAACAACAGCACUGGGUGCGUGCACACCAAGAUCCCCAACUGCGUUUCUUGUUCUACCAAGGGUCUUGUUUGCAAGACCGUAGAUCUAUGCAAGCCACAGGAAUGCAACCAAGAUGCCACUGGGUGUGUCACCAAAGACCUCAACUGUAACGACGGCAACCCAUGUACAAUCGAUACAUGUCUCAACGGCACCUGUGUCAACUCUCCCAAGUGUCUGUCCAACAGUUGUCAAUAUGCCUCGUGUGACGUCGAGACCACAGGUGGCGAGUGUGUCUAUCAACAGCGUAACUGCGACGAUCUAAACGUUUGUACUGUUGACGAUUGCGACCCCAGUCUGCCAGUUGGCAAAUCGUGUACACACAAGCCAGACCCUUGCGACGAUAAAAAUGCCUGUACAAUGGAUGCCUGUGUCUCAAUGAAUAGUACGACCACCGAACUCAACAAAUGUGUUCAUACCCCAGUUGUAUGUCCACACAAGCCAUGUAUGGAGGUCGCUUGUCUCCCCACGUCUGGAUGUGUCUACACCCCCGUCAAAUGUCCAACCAACAACUUUUGUGAUGUCGCCACCUGCGAUGCCAAUGCCGGUGGAUGUAUCUCAUACAAUCGUACUUGUAACGCUGAAAACAGAGACUGUCAAAACACCACCUGUAACAGAGAGAACCAGAAAUGCGAGUCGAGAAACUACGACCCUCUCCCAUUCAAGUGUCAAUCGGCCGCUGUCAAGGCUGGUGUCGCCGUUGGUGCCGCUGCCAUCGCCGGUAUUGUAAUUGGUGCCGCCGCCGCCGUCGGUCUCGCUGCAUUUGGUGGCAAGAAGGGUUACGAUCUCUGGAAACAAAAUAGAGCCGCUAAAAUGUCAGUCACCGCCUCCAAUCCACUCUACACUCCAAAUCCAAAUCAAGGUACAAAUCCACUUUAUGGUGGUCCUCCAGCUUAG